UGGGCAUACGUUUACGGACGGCUGGAAAAACAUGAUCGCGAGAUGAUCAAAGGUUACUCGGAGGAUAUCGAUAGCCUCCUCAUCUUUGCGGGUCUAUUUUCCGCCGUUCUGACAGCAUUCUUGGUCGAGGUGUAUACGCAGCUGCAACCGGACAAUACCCAGCUCACUGUCCAGCUCCUCUCGAACAUAUCUAUGCAGCUUCAAAAUAUGUCUAUGAACCAAACCACGUCGUCGUCUGCAGACCCACUCCUUACUCCGUUCCACGCCGACUCUAAUGCGGUUGUCAUUAACGCUGUCUGGUUUCUGAGCCUUAUCCUAGCUCUCGCUUCCGCUCUUCUCGGAAUUUUCGUGAAACAAUGGCUGCGAGAGUACAUAUCUUGGCCAUCUGUUUCUCCGGUCCAACACGCCAUCCAGCUCCGUAAAUUUCGCUACGACGCUUUCCAGCGAUGG